AGCCGUCGAGCAUGCGCAAGCAUGUAAAUAUGGUAGUAAUGCACAGCAAUCCAUAGCAAACACAACACAACACGUGCAGUUUUAUUAUCAUUCAAUUUAUAUGGAAAUAUAAAUAAAAUACGAUCAAUAUAUUAACUACAAUGGCUAAUACAAGGGUGAAUAGUAGUGCACCUCAAGUGCAAAUAAAAUUUCUGACUAAACAAGAACAGUAUGCUGUUCCUGAUUUUCCAUUAUCGGUGCAUACAUCAAUUGUACCCAACGAAUUGAAUACCCUCGUGAAUGAACUUUUGAAGGAAUCAACUGAUAUAACCAGUGACAUAGAAUUUGAUUUCCUGGUGUGCUCGCAAUUUUUACGAUCUUCUUUGGCUGAGCACAUAGCCGAGAAGAAUGUCUCUACUGAGGAAGUGAUAAUUGUUGAAUAUGUUGAAAAAUAUCCACCACCAGAACCUCAGGAUUGUCUUAUACACGACGACUGGGUAUCUGCUGUUGCUGUUUGCGAAAAAUGGAUCCUAACUGGCUGUUACGAUAAUACAUUGCAUAUAUGGACGUCCAGAGGGAAACACCAACUUGUAAUUCCUGGUCAUACUUCACCUGUUAAAGCAGUGGCAUGGAUAUCGUUAACUAACGAUGCAGCUAGUUUUGUUAGUGCAUCCCAGGAUCAAACAGCUAUAAUAUGGGACUGGAAUAUAGCAGAGAACUCUGUAGACUGUAUUCACGUGUGCAGAGGACACGAACGUGGACUUGAAGCUAUUAGUGUUAAUUUGGAUAAGUCAAUGAUGGCAACUGGAGCAUGGGAUACAAUGCUUAAAAUUUGGUCCACAGCUAAUUAUGAAGAAAAUGAAGAUGGUGAGUCCAUUUCGAAGAGAUUAAAGUCAGAACAUGGCAAAACGAGGGUCCCGAAAAGAACGAUGAAGGGUCAUAAAGAAGCUAUUAGCGGCGUAGUAUGGUCGGACAUAACAGAAAUUAUAACGUCCUCGUGGGAUCAUACGAUUAAAAUAUGGGAUUCGGAAUUAGGCGGAAUCAAAAAUGAAUUGGCUGGAAAUAAAAGUUUCUUCGAUCUUGAUUACUCUCCAUUAAACCGCACCGUUAUAACAGCCUCAGCAGACAGACAUGUUAGACUAUACGAUCCGAGAUCCACAGAAGGGGUACUGGUCAAAUCUACGUUCACUUCUCACACCCAGUGGGUGCAGUCUGUAAGAUGGUCGACAGUGAACGAAAGUCUUUUUAUUUCUGGAGCUUAUGACAACGAUAUGAAGCUCUGGGAUACCAGAAGUCCUAAGGCACCAUUGUUCGACCUGUCUGGUCAUGAGGAUAAAGUGUUAUGUUGCAACUGGUCGAAUCCCAAAUUCAUGGUUUCCGGUGGUGCGGAUAACACCGUUAGGAUAUUCAAAUCGCAACACGUCACUUGUUAAUACAACCAUUUAGUGUAACAAAAAAUUGAACUGAACGUAAGUUAGUUCGAAUAAGCUUUUUGAUAUUUAUUGUAUUUUAAAUCGUCUAAACGAAUUUGACAUCGUUCAAAAACAUGCCAUACCACGAAACAAACAAACUCUUGUGUUCAAAUAAAUAGAAAUCGAAUAAAAAAUGUAAAACCAUUGUACUUCCGCACAAGUGAAUACAAGAAAGAAAUGAAAAAAUCGUUACAUGCCCAAGAAAUGGCUCGUAGCAUCAAAUAAAAAUUCGUACUCUUUUUAUUUAAAGAAA